UCAACUGCACCUUACUUUCAGCCAGUAGAAUUGCGAUGAAUAGCAGUGUGACUGAAUUCAUUCUCUUUGGGUUGACACAGGAUGCAGGAAAGCAGAAGGCAGUAUUUGGGGUCUUCUUGAUUCUUUACCUUGCAACACUGUUGGGGAACUUUCUCAUUUUGGUGACUAUUAAAACAAGCAAGACCCUUGGGAGUCCCAUGUACUUCUUCCUAUUCUAUCUGUCGUUUUCUGAUGCUUGCCUCUCUACAACCACAGCCCCCAGAUUGAUUGUGGGUGCCAUUACUCAGAAGAAUACCAUUUCGUACAAUGAGUGCAUGACUCAGGUCUUUGCAGCUCAUUUCUUUGGGUGCCUGGAAAUCUUCGUGCUCAUCCUCAUGGCUUUUGAUCGCUACAUAGCUAUUUGUAAGCCCUUGCGAUACACAACCCUCAUGAGCCAGCAUGUCUGCAGUGUGCUGAUGAUUUUGAGCUGGGUGGGAUCCUGUAUCCACUCUUCAGCACAAAUUUUCCUGGCUUUGAGAUUGCCUUUCUGUGGCCCCAACGUGAUUGACCACUAUUUCUGUGACUUUCAGCCCUUGUUGAAACUUGCCUGUAUGGACACUUACGUGAUAAAUUUGCUACUUGUUUCUAACAGUGGGGCCAUAUGCACGGUGAGUUUCAUAAUCCUGCUUACCUCCUAUGUUGUCAUCUUGUACUCUCUGCGAAACCACAGUGCUGAAGGAAGGCGAAAAGCCCUUUCCACCUGCACCUCCCACUUUAUUGUGGUUGUCCUAUUUUUUGGUCCAUGUAUAUUCAUAUACACACGCCCACCAACCACAUUUCCAAUAGACAAGAUGGUGGCUGUGUUUUAUACAAUUGGGACGCCCUUGCUCAACCCUCUGAUCUAUACCCUGAGGAAUGUUGAAGUGAAAAAUGCCAUGAAAAAGUUAUGGUGUAGCAAAGUAUGA